CUCAAAUUAUUAUUUUUUUAAGCUCUCAAUCCUGCUUGAAACACCCGUCCCGACUUGGGUUUCUGUCACCGCCAAGGGAGAAGACCUCGAAAAAUACAUCGACAUUCGGGCUCCAGUCCCUUCAGUAGCCGGUCUCGUGCCGGAAUGCCCGGAAUUGAAGCCAAGCCAGCAUUCCCCGCUUCUCACCCUCGAUCAUCUGCCCAUUCAGCCAUUGGCCGAUCAGUUCCUUUUCUACAAGCCCGAAAAGGGUCUCACGGAGUCGCUCAAGUCGCUGGGGAACGAUCGGGAAAGUAUCGAGCACGUUGCCGCCCGUCUCCAUCAUGCCCUCAAAUUCUCACAGGCAAAUCCGGGGAUGAAUGGAAAAGAAAGUGACGUCCACUGGUUGUUAACGGUAGUAUCCUCGUUAUACUGGAGGGUGGUUGGCGAUGCACCGAAAGCUAUUGGUUGUCUACGGUAUUCACUCAAUCAUUGCCCGCCACAUAUGCGGGAUGUCGCGCUGGUUGCCCUAUCCAACGUCUGCCACCAAGCCGGCUUGCUGCAUUCGGCGCUCGUCACCGCUGGUAUGGCCCUCGAGCAAUCCCCUCAUCUUGCCGCCAUUCACGUUACUGUGGCCAACAUCUAUGCAAGCAUUGGCGACUACGAGCGUGCUCUCCAGUUCUACUACUCCACUCUCAGCUUGCAAAACAACUUUGAGCCGGCAAAAGAUCGUAUUCGGGCGAUUUACUGUCAUUCUGGGCAGACAUUUAAUUUCCAUAAU